GCCACAGCAACGUCAACGGCAUAUCGCCCGCAAAGCGUCCACUGAGCGGGAUGGCUGCAUACUCUUUGUACGUGUAUCGGGUUUAAAAAUCAAAAUGUGCAUAUCACCAAUAAGUGUAAAGGUUACAUCUUUUCAGCACUGCCGAGUGAGCUUGUGAUUUGGUGACCGAGUGUAGUAAAUAGUGAGAAGAACAAUCUCCUUUAGAUAAUAUUUGUGUGCAUGUAGAGCAAAGCACUUGUUCGUAACUACUGACCCAUAUAUAUGGUAGCUCAUAUGCACCGCAGUUAAAGGACGUGCUCUGGAUAUUCUCUAAUAUUAUUAAUGUGUAUGCGUUUAAAACGGAAGUGCAUUGAUUAUGAAAAUCUCUAACUAAGGAUUAAUAUUAGUAAAAAGUUCUUGGUCAAUAUUAUAUAACUAACCAAAUAAAGUCUGACAACAUACAUAUAUGAAAUGUUCAUAAAUUACAACGAAGUUAAGACAGGUCAAGUUCAAGGCAACUCAAAGAAAGAAUGUAUCGCGAUUUCAUAUUUGCGCUUAAAUGCAUACUCGAAAUUUAGCUGCUUCAUGCAAUGGAAUCUAAACUAAUUUGGAUAAUAGCAAUAUUUUAUUCAACUCUUCAACAUAUCAGUUCCGCUUCAUCACCCUUGAAACGACCUCGAGCAGGAGAUCCCUUUGACACAUUUCCAAAAAAUUUUUGGCAAGAAUUCUCCUCCCCAUUUACGGACACACCCGAAGAUGAGGAGGCUGAAAUAACGGAAACCACAACUCACGAACCGUUUCCUUUCUUUGCUGAUCCAUAUACAACUGUAAACGUCAGUACGCAAUUAAGUUCGAAUGUAUAUCUACAUUGUAGAGUCAACGACUUACAAGGAAAAACGGUGUCGUGGAUGCGUCGCAAAGGUGAUGAGUUGGCCCUGAUCACAUUCGGUCUUCACACGUACAGUGGUGACGCAAGGUAUUCCUUGGAGUUCGAAGAACCAAAUGACUGGAAGCUUUCAAUACAAUAUGCAAAUGAACAUGACGAAGGACCGUACGAGUGUCAAGUCUCUUCACAUCCGCCUUUAGUAUUGUUAGUAUAUUUAACUGUAAUUGUUCCUCAUGUGGAAAUACUCGAUGAACGAGAUUCAGCCACUCCUGAGAAGUAUUAUAAAGCUGGAAGUACCAUUGAACUAAAAUGUGUAAUUUCGAAAAUACCGCAGCCGUCAUCGUACAUCACUUGGCAGCAUGGUAAACGAAUGCUGAACUAUGACACCAGUCGGGGAGGAAUCAGCGUCAAGACUGACAUGCUUCCUGGAAGGGCAUUGAGUCGUCUUUAUAUUGCUAACGCAAAUCGACAGGACACUGGAAAUUAUACUUGCAUGCUUGGCAACGAUAUUUCAGGCACCGUCAUGGUUCACGUCCUAAAUGGCGAAGAGCCAGCCGCAAUGCAACAUGCAUCAGGAGCUAAGUUGUGCUCUCCGAUUUCGAUUGUGAUAGUUACAAUGAUGGCAUCAAAGAUUUGUCUACGAUGA